GUGAAGUGAGACCGGCUGCAGGGUCCCCCCCCUUUGACGAGGAGGAAGACCGGCGUGAGACGUUGCGAGGACUCUUGGACACUUUGGAGGAACUCUGUGACGUACAGGUAGAGCGCCGCCCCCCAUGAGAACGGCCUCUUCAGAACGUUCUACACCUUCACCACUCCAGCAUGACAGAUAGAAACAUCUCCUCUCCGUCCGCCACAUCUAACCACAAUGGCAGCAUCAGAACUGCGGUGUCCAAAUGCUCUCCGGGUCCAUCCGAAAAAGAUUCUGUUGAAGAAGGAGCGAGAGAGCAGAGUUCAGGAAGUCCUGAAGCUGGUUCUGUUGCUGAAGAUGGUUCAAGCUACAGCAGAACCUGGAGUCAGAGCCUGGCAUCGGUGCUGAGAUACCGGACCAGAACCCCCAGAACCAAGAACAAGAUCGGUCAGGAGGAAGCGGCGGAUCUGUUGGACCUGAUCUUGGAGUCUCAGAGCCAGAGACUGUGCGACCAGAGAGCCAGCCUCAGUCUACUUCCUGACCCAGGACCCCCUCCUCUCUGCGGGGCCUGCUGUGGAGAAAAGACUCUUGUUCCAAGUUUGGACUUCUACAACAUGCUCAUCCACUACCAGUCUGACAGGAUGGAAGACCAGAGGUGCUCCCUCCCUCCUCCUCAUGAAGCUGCCGGUCCAGUCCCUGAGGAGCAGGAGAACUUCUUCAGUCUGGUUCAGAGAGUCCAGUCCAGGAGGAUGGAUGAGCAGAGAGCAUCAAUGCAGCUGGGACACGGUGACGAUGACCAGGAUUAGGAGCUUUCUGGCUUCCCCCACCAUCACCGACCACAUCAUUGCUGAUGGAGCAGGUCCGGAGUCUCCUGUGAGUGUGGACCUUCAGAUGAAAACCAGAACAUGAUCUCCUCAGCUUAGCUGUAACAGGCUCUGGGUUCCUGCUGAGGUCCCUUGGUUCCUGAAGACUGAUAUGAUCACAUGACUCCCGUGUCCCACAAGGUUUCUGCUAGAACAAGAACAUGGAGGUUCCGAGGAAGGUAAAGAUAAACUAAAGGAGCCAAUCUGUGACUCACACGAGUCUCCAGAUUAAACCACUGAUGCACAACUCCCAGAAUGCAUUUCAGGAGCCUGGAAUAGGCAUGUCAUGAGUUCAGGGCUGCAUCCAAAAACGUCUAAUUGGUCAGGACUCUUCAGCCAAAGCAGAAGUGUGUCAGCUGUCUCCAUGCGUAGUGCGGUCAGUAGGAGGGAGGAAAAGGAGCCUGUAAGCUUCCUCUCAUAGCUCCUUUAGCAUAGGCAGCUCGGGAUGCCCCUUACCGGCUCUAAGGAGCUAUAAGGAAUCCCACAAUCCUUUGCAUAAUAUGUCGUAACAGCCCACCUCACGGAUAUUAACGAAAUAUCCAGGUAGAAGAGAUCCCAUAACGUAACGGUGCAACAGCAAUGAUUUCAAUCAAAGGAAGCAAUGAAAUUGCCAGCGGUGAUGUAAUAUAAUGUAUAUAACAUGUUAACUUUGAAAACUGAACUGUUUAUGUUGCACACUUCGUUCAUUUUGCACAUAAUCUGUAUUCACCAUUUUCUGUUAAAAACAAAAACCUACUCACAAAAUAAAUAAGUAUGUCAACUCUGUUUUAGCAGACAAUAACAAGCAAUUGGAACGGUUAUUGUUAGAACUAGAAAGUCUGUAUAAGUUUACUUUAAUAUGUUUUGUUUUGUGUAAUGAGAGUUUCAGCUGUUCUCUACGUUUGUCUAAGUUGCGUUUUUUGUAGUUCAUGUCCAGAAAGCUGUAGGAUCUGACUCCAUCCUCCAUGUUUCUGACUCCAUCCUUCAUGUUUCUGACUCAGUCUUCCGUGUUUCUGACUCAGUCCUCCGUGUCUCUGACUCCAUCCUCCGUGUUUCCGUCACUAAUGACGUCAGAAUUAAAGGCUGGACUCAGCUCUGCAGCUGAAGCCCCUUUCCUCCCUGAUG